AAUGAAAAAAAAUGUAUGAAUUAUAAUUUUAAUAAUUCAUAUAAAAAUGAAAUACAUAGUAGAAAUAUUAUAUGUUUUGUUUCAAAUAAUAAGCAAUAUCAGAAUACUGGAAUAUUUGUUCCAUAUGUAUUUACAGCAUGUUAUUCUGUUCAAUUUAAUUUUCAAGAUACAAAAAUGAUAAAAAUGAUAAAAAAUAAUAAAUUCUUAAGAACUAAUUAUGAAAGAACAGAUAUUGUAGAACCGAUAUUGCAAUGUACAUAUGAAUAUAUCGAACUUAAUAGUACAAACAAAUGGAUAUAUUUUGACAUAUACUCCCCUAUACCCAUAAUUACAGUUCAGAUAAAGUUGGGUAUAUUGUACAAUGAUAUUUGUUUUUUUAAUGAUGAAGAUGUUCCUGAUGGUUACUGGAAUUUCCAUCUUUUGGUAAUUUAAUU